AAACAUUCACCUACACACCAAAUGGCAAGUCCAGUGUCAAUUACUUUCGAGCUCUGAAAAUGAAUUCGGACCCACCAAUUCACCCUCGUUGGUAGCAUGAAGCUAUGAACCAUCCCAUUUCUGCAUGCACUUGGCAUAAACCCUGCACCUUCCAACAAUCACUUCUCUCCUCCUUCCUUCUCACUUCUCACUUCUCACCAAUUACGUUACCUUGCACUAUUAUUCUAUACAACUGUAAACAUCCUUAAUUGCAAACCCUCUCUCUCUCUCCUUAAAUAAUUCUCAUAAAAAAAUAAAAAAAAAAUUAAAACUAACAAAGAAACCAUUUUGCACAAACCCAAUUGAGAGUUUGAGACCCAGAUGAUGAUGAUGAACAAUACUAUUAUUCCAUGGUCAACCAUUGGCGUUGUGAUUGCAUGGUACACUUCCAACAUAGGGGUUCUUCUUCUGAACAAGUACUUGCUAAGCAACUACGGCUUUAGGUUCCCCGUGUUCCUCACCACGUGUCACAUGCUGGUGUGCUCGCUCUUCAGCUACGUUAUUGUUUCCGUUACGGAAGCUGUUCCGCUGCAGCGCGUGCGGUCCAGGAGCCAGUUUUGGAGGAUCGUGGCGCUCGGCGUCGUUUUCUGCUUCUCCGUCGUUUGCGGGAACGUGUCGCUCAGGUACAUUCCGGUGUCGUUUAAUCAGGCCAUCGGCGCCACCACGCCGUUCUUCACCGCCGUUUUCGCUUAUGCUGUCAGCGCCAAGAGGGAGGCUUGGGUUACGUACGCCACGCUCUUGCCCGUUGUUGCGGGCGUCGUCAUAGCUAGUGGGGGUGAACCAAGUUUUCAUCUGUUUGGAUUUAUAAUCUGUGUUUCAUCGACUGGUGCCAGAGCAUUUAAAUCAGUGCUUCAAGAUAUUUUGUUGUCCUCAGAGGGAGAAAAGUUGAAUUCUAUGAACCUGCUGCUUUAUAUGGCUCCAAUAGCAGUGAUGGUCUUACUUCCUACAAUAUUGUUGAUGGAGGGAAAUGUGAUUCAGAUCACAAUGGAUCUUGCCAGAAAGGAUAUAAGAAUUUUUUGGUAUCUGCUUCUCAGUUCUUCUCUUGCAUAUUUUGUGAACCUCACUAAUUUUUUGGUGACCAAACAUACAAGUGCACUUACCCUUCAGGUUUUAGGAAAUGCAAAGGGGGCAGUUGCUGUGGUGGUCUCAAUUUUGAUAUUCAAAAACCCCAUUUCAAUGAUAGGAAUGCUUGGCUAUGCACUCACUGUCAUUGGAGUUAUCUUGUACAGUGAAACCAAGAAGAGGUAUAGCAAAAAUUAGUAAAAUUAACAAGAUUACCAAUCAAAGCAGGGUGUGAUUUACCACAAGCGAGAGGGCCAACAAGUUAUACUUAUGCAUACAAAAUUAUGAGCUUGCAGCAACCACUUUUGUUACACGUGAACAAGAAUAUUUCCCCCCUAACUAUUUCAUUCAUUGCAAGCGUUUUGGGAGUAGUCACACUCCCCAUAAACCCUUUGAUGUGGACUUGAGCUUCAUGCCUAUUGCCUAAUCAGUCAUUUUUUAUUGGCUUUGC